AUGUCAAAAUCUCACGUCGACCCACGCUCCCGAAUUCUUCUCACCGACUCGCCAACCGACAUUCAAAAGAAGGUCAAAGUCGCCCUCACCGACUCUGAGCCUGGGAUCACCUACGACCCUGCCCGUCGACCUGGAGUCUCGAACUUGAUUGAGAUUUUAAGCCAUUUUGAAGGUAUCUCGUGCGAGGAAAUUGCGUCUGAAUACGAGACCGCCAGUCUUCGGGCUCUGAAAGAGCACGUUGGUACUCGGGUUGCGCAUCAUCUGUCGGAAAUUCGUGAGCGGUAUAUUUCCAUUACGGGUGAUCGGAAUGGAUAUCUUGAUUCCGUGGCUCGGGAGGGUGCGCAGGCUGCUCAAAGUAAUGCAGACUUGACGAUGCGGAAGAUUAAGGAUGCGAUGGGGCUGUGA